CUUAUUUCGAAUUCACAUAACCAACUCCUAAAGAUCACACAAACUAACCGUCAUUGACUAAGUCCUUCUGACUUUGUUCUCAUCAUUCAAAUUACGAAGUUGUAAUCUCCAUCAUUAUCUUUUCUUGAUUUUGAAAAGUCCAGCAAGUAUUAUCCAAAGAAAAAAAAAAGAGAUAGUUCUUCUCUUCAUGUAAAACAAACUCCAUACUUAUCACCUCUCGUAACCUAUUAGUCUAGGAUUUGCUACUAACAAAAAGAUAAACAUCAUCAUCCCUAAAUUUACGCUAGUAAUCGUAACCGUAUUCUGAACAGCCUUAUCAUCCUCCUUCCAUAUAAAUAAUAGUACAAAACCCUAAUACAACAUUUUUUUCAAAACCCUCGUACACUCACAAAACACCACCAGGAGCCGUGCAUAAGAAACCGCAGGAAAACCUCGAGCGCCGAAUUGAAGUGGAUUUCUACCUACUUUCGGUUACACCGAAACACCAUUAAACAUCACCGGAUUCUACCGUAAGGACUACCGUCUUCAAGCCCUCGCCUUCCUCUUUACACCCGGUCUGUUAGCACUAGGAGCCGAGCUUGAACAAAGAGUGCGUAGAGCGUGAGGAUACGUACUAGUGUUUACGUGUGCUGUUGGUGAUACUAAGCUUGUUAAGAUGGAGGACCACCCAAUGUACCCCUACAACCUAAGGAUGGGACAACAUGAGGACAUACCUCCCUAUGUAGAAAGAGUAAAAGAAUGUUGUGAAGAAUGGGGAGAUCUCCUAGGAGACCUGAACAACUAUGACACACACGCUAGAAUAAUAGACAUCCUACUCAAAACCAUACCACGUUAUGAGCCUUGGAUCCCAAUUAUGGAAAUGUAUGAUGAUGUUCUCACAGAAGAAGGGGAGAUUCACCCAACCAAAUACAGAUAUGAGGGUCAAUGGUUCCUUACCAUUGAGUAUGUCUCGACGAGGUUGAUGGAGGCUUGGUCAAAGUGGGAACCUGAAGAUGAGAUGGGGGAAGUAAUCGAUGCGGAACCACCCGCGUUAGAGAAUGAAGGGAUAGGAGGUGAGAGAGAUGAAGUGGAAGAUGAUAUGCGAGUGGACCUCCAAAUAGAAGAAGACCCUGAAGAAGACCCUGAAGAAGAAGACCCCGAGGAAGAAGACCCCGAAGAAGAGUUUGACGAGUGAGAUUUUGAAAAGACUUAGUAGUGGGGCUAUAUGGCCCCUCAUGGAAUAGAAGUAGUCGUAGGAAUGGUUUAUUUUGACCAAGGGUAUAUUUUCAUUUAUUAGUUUUUCUUUUUUUUCUUUUUUUUUGUUGCUUGUUUAGUUAAGUUUUCUUUCAUUAAUGGACAAACCCUAUUGGGAUAUUCAAUGUCAAUUGAUUAUAUUAUUGAAAUGAUAAAGAGAAUUAUUAUUAGUUUUAUGUGUUGGAUAUUUCUUGAAUUAUAUGAGGUGGAAAUCUUUGUAAAUUCUGUCUGGUGGAAAUUGUCUGUGA